CAACGUGGACUCUCAAAUUUUGAACUUCAUUAUCCUAUUUUCAAGUUUUCUGAAAUCAUCUCUCUACAGCUUUUCCGAAAUCAACUUCCUCAACCUCAACGGGAUCAAAAAGUUCGACAACCUCGCUCCUGUCGUCGAGAUCCAGUUUCCCACGAGGUAUUCCCAAGUGUAUCACAUCUCUACAUAUGUUUUGCCGAAUUACACCAAUUCUGUGUGUUCUUGGCUAGGGUUUGUUGAUUUCGUGAGUGCCCAAAAAUAGAAUACGGAUGUGGCUCACCGUCGAUCUAUUCAAUUUUGUAUAAAAUUUCUUCAAGAUUUUCCCUUCGUUGUUUGCACAAAACAUUCACUACAAAUUUUAAAAAACGACAUUUAUGUAGAUUGAAUGAAGUGUUCUUAUUAAGUCAUAAAAAAAGUUGAUUCAAUUCAGUUUCUGUUUUCAAUAUUCUGAUCCGCGUUAUGUAAGUUAUAUAAAUAGAUCCUGUUGAUUCAUCAGGUUAAAGUGAGUUGGUUGAAUUUUCAAACUAUACAUUGCAAAUCGGGUUUGAUUAUGCAAUAUCAAGCUCUUAUUUUGUUCUCCUGGUCUUUGCGUAUUGAAAACCUUUUGUUUCUAGUCCACAUAGAUGCUUGUAGGUCAGUUCAUGCAAGAGUCAAUGGCGAGUUUGUUAGACGACAUACUACGAAACUACUUCGUAGCGAGAAUUUGUAUAUUGUACCACAUUUUCAGCUGAUUAGCCCAAUCAAAGAAGAGGAAAUGGUCUCAGACCGUUCGUCCAUACAACAUACAUAAUAGAGUCCAUCCCAGGAGAGUCAUAUGGAGCGACUAGUAGGUACAACCGAUACUGAUUGCCUGGUGAACCUAAGGACCGUAAUGCAUUCAGAAAACUAUGUAGGAUGUAUAGAGAGUUAGGUUUCCUGCGAGACAAACACUCUGUAUACAUUGAAGAACAAGUUGCAAUCUUCUUGGGAGUUUUGGCACAUCAUAAGAAAAACAGGAUAGUUCAAUUUUCAGCGAUCUGGACAUACAGUUUCCGGAUAUGUGCACAAAGUUCUGAAGGCUAUAAUACAGAUGCAGUCACGAUUCAUUGCGAAGACGGAGCCCAUUAAGGAUGAUUGCGUUGACUAUAGGUGGAAAUGGUUCAAGGGUUGUCAAGGUGCCUUAGAUGGUACAUACAUCAAUGUGUUGGUCCUAACUGCAGAUAAACCGCUCUACCAGACACGCAAGGGGCAAAUUUCAACAAACACCCAUGCGAUCGAUACAUGCGUUUCACGUAUAUGUUGCCUGGUUGGGAGGGUUCUGCUGGUGAUGUCUGUGUUCUACGCGACACUGUCACUCACCCACACGGGCUGGUGCCCGUUGGUAUGAAUGUCCUUAUUUUGUUUUAAAAUACAAAUUUUGAUAUUACUUACCACAUAUAUACAAGUUAAACUUAACUACUCCAUCGAGCACAAUAGGUAAUUACUACCUAUGUGAUAACGGGUACGCAAACAACACCGAAUUUCUUACACCAUACAGAGUAGUACAUUACCACUUGAAUGAGAUUGCCGACGAUGUGGGUGUGCGCUUCUCAUGGUCGGAGUUGUAGCAGAGGUUCCAAUCUUUCGAGCAACGGUUCAUCGUUUUCAAAGAGGUGGUGGAUACUGAUGGAGUUUCCGGAACGUCCAUUUUAACACGAUGGCAGCUGCUUCACCGGUGUGGAAUACAGUUCUUAAGAAAAAUAGUUUGGCUGUGUGCUACAAUAAUGGGGAGCCAAAGUUCAACCUGCUAUCAAUGUUGUUCGGCCACCCUGAGAUGAAGACCGAGACGAAGACAGAAGUGAUACUCAUAUCAGACUCCACCAAAUCACUUCAGGAUGGCGGCGGGAGACUCGACACACGGGUAAAGGCAAUGAAAGCAAUGUCCGGCGAGGGGACUGACUCUGUCUGUUCACCAGAUGGGGACCUCAUACGCAGGCUGGAAAAUGCAUAUCCUCUGAGGCCGAGUAAACCAUGCGGUGACCACAAAGAUUCGCUGCAUGCUAGCUCUUGCGGGUCGUCCACCCCGGCUACUUGGUGGCAGCACUACGCCCAGUAGGACACUUUCCAAGUUAUGAAAAGUAAGCUACUGAUAUGCUUUUGGGUGACUAAACCUGUAUGCAUUAGUUUUAUUUUAAUGGUUCCGAAACUAGUUUGAAUGGUCUACAUAUAUCAUUAUUAUUUCGACUACCUCAUGAGAGCUUCAAUGUUCAAGGAAGUUGUUCGUUAUGGCA